AUGGAGAUGGAGGAGGAAAAACACAAGUUCAUCAUCCCGGUCCACGAAAGGCGACAACCCGGGAACGUCACCGUCGACCCCAGGCAAACACAAGACGUAUCACCAAUCGAGGCGCCUAGGAUACAACAUGUCGACAAUUCGUAUCCCCAGACUGCACAUCUCCGUGACGUCCCGGAUGACUCGCCGCCGUAUCCAGAAUCUCGGAGAAUCAGCGCGGAGCGGUCGGUAUCCCCGAUAGCUCGUGUUCCAGUAGCGGCGGCUGUGGCGCCGUCGCCGGCGUCGGUGCCUGACGAGGGGGGCCGUAUGACGGGCUGGAUGCGGAGGCUCGAGAACGCGGGACAGGUCGAAGGCCAACCACGAAAGACGAUUCUUGGUCUGACCAUCUUCCGGUUCUGGGUGGCCGUCGCGCUGGGCGUCACUAUCGUUGGCGUCGCCAUCGCUGUCGGUUUGGCGCUGGGGUUGGCUAACCGGCCCGAAGACACGCCCUCGGCAUCGAGCAACAGCACACCGACGGCAGUGAUACAGGAACUCGGCGUGCCCUCCGCGGCCCCGAUCAACCCGUACUGCGAGACUUCUUCAACCCCCAAAAACACGACGGUGACGCCGUACGACGCCUCCGGCUCGCCGAUCCGCUUCAACAACGACCAAGCCAUGUCGUUUGACGUGCUCUGCAACACCUUCUGGCCGCAGCGCCAGGGCUUGAACCCUGAGCUGCGCGACAUCCUCGUCAUGACCGUCCCGGACAUGUUGACCUGCAUGACGCUCUGCGCGCAGUACAACCAGGGGUACAGCGACGCCGUCGGCGACGAUGUCUACGUCGGAGGCGGCAUCUGCGUGGGCGUCGCGCUGGUCAAGGGCAUCGGGCAGUUCUGCUACCUGAAGAACGCGACGGGCAUCAACGACACCACGGCCGCGGGCGGGUUCGACGUCGACUCGGCCGUGCUCACGGGGAACUGGGCGAACUUGACCUCCAACGAGCAGACGCUUGCUUUUGGAGGGAACUUGCCGGAGGUUGUGGCGAAUACGACGACUGCGACUUAG